AUGUCGGCGGAUAAAUUAAAAAAUCAUAUUGAUUCGCUGCAAGAAAAUUCUUUAAAUAAGAAAGCAGAUUCCAGCACGAUUUCAGAAAUUAUUGAUAAAAAUAAUACCAAGAAAUUCAAAACUCCAUCUCAAAAACAGGAGAACAUAAGCAACAUCGAUACUAAUAAAAAAAUGCAGACUAAACAAAAUUUUGAUUGUGUGAAGCACGAAGAAAUUGCAAUACUUUCUCGAUGUCAGUCAAGUAAAGAUUACGUGACAAUGGUCAUAAACAACCAAAUGGAUUCUCGUUAUGAUCGGGUUAAACCAGUCCUACUUCGAGUUGUAAACUGGUUUUUUGGUGGUUGCCCAGAGGCAUCAAAACGACAUCGAAAACAGACUGACAAAGUCGAAAAGGAAGAAAUUUUCGAAUCUGAACGGACCAACACGUGGCUCCUCUAAACGAACGAAGUACCUGCAGCAGUAAAGUGCAAAACUGUCGAUAAACGCAGAGAUCUACGUCUUCAUCUUAAUGUAAUAUGAAGAUAAUUCUAAAAUUAUAGUAAAUUAUUAUUUGACGAUUUUCAGUAUUUUAUUAUUAAU